AGGGGAAAAGCAGUAAUGAUAAGGAAGAGAGGAAGAGGGUAAGAGGAAUCAGUGCACAUGCGAUGGACAGUAGACAUUGGAGGUCGGCCUAGGAUUCAUGGAUGAGAUGCAAGGCGAGAUGCAGCACAUGAGAAAUUCGACCUGGAGAUGCCAGCGGCGCAAGCGAGGUACGGAUGUACAAGAUAAAUUCCCAGUCAGUAGAAGCAAAAGGGCGAAAUCACGGUUGGUUCUAGGCUUCGAGAGUCGGCGUGGAGAGCGAGAGAGCGAGAGAGCGAGAGAGCGAGCGACGGAGAAGGGCCAAGACCCCCAAAAACCAAAACGAAAGAAAAGAAUGGAACCACAAGUGGAUAACGGCGCUGGCGGAGAAGAAGACAAGAAAAAGAGAGAGCUUGUCGUUGCUGGAGAUAGAAUGAGCUUCUGGAACAAACCGUUUCAACGAUGCAUUGUGGUCCGGGAACACCCCAAUGGAACGAAUGUAUUGUACUCCUUAUGGGAGGGCAAAAAGGGGGCUCGGGAAAAGAAACAAAAAAGAACAAAAUAAAAUAAAAUAAGAAUACAGAUAAGUGGACAGGAAAAAUAAAUCAAAUCGAAACCAAAAAGGGGAAAGACAGAGAGGGAGGGGGGACACGACAAGUGAGAGAAAAGAGCACCAAGUAGGCAAGUAACACUCUAUCGCUUUCAAAGGAACUUUUCUGACCAAACGGACUUUUAAUUCGGGUCUGCGCAGAAAGAGACCAGUGCAGACACCAGGCAUGCGUCCGGCUUGCUAGAGGAAAGCUGCAGGGACUCUCUUCCCUAGUGCCCACUGUGCUGUGCCCUCUGAAAUGGGGUUUUUUAUUUUUCUCUUCUAUUUUUCGAAAAAGAAAAAAGGCCCAGGGAAAGCCACAGGGAACCGGACGGGGUGGACCGGACCAACCAGCCUGGGGUGGAUUAGGCCGUGUUCUACCAAGAAAAGGAUAGCGUUUCAAAAACGACGGUUUCAGAUGAUUCCAAGCGUCAAGAAGGAUCGGAAGAAAACAAACAACACCGAAGAGGGGCACGUUAGCUCUGGGUUUCCGCAUGAGGGCUAAAGAGUUCAGGAGGGGCGCCAAAGAGAAACCAAGAAAGAAAAGAAGGCAGAAUAAUAAACUGGAAAAUGUACAAACAAACAAACAAAUAAUAAACAAAAAGGAACGGUAGACGGAGGCUAAUGAUGCAUAAAGCUGCGAAACGGUAGGAACCUGGACGGGCGAAGUGAUCAAGGGGGCAGAGAGCAAAACAGGGCCCGGCUUGAAGAAAUAAUGCAACAGCUUGGGGCUACUGUUGUACUCCCUGAACUACGGCAAUCACCAAGAUUGAGAAAGAGGGGGCCAGGAGGGAAAAAGAAAGGGAAGGGGAAGGAGAAGAGAGGGGGGGGAACGAAACAGAGACGGUUCAAGACGACGUCAACCCGUACAGGCAGGACAUGCCGCAAAGGCUUGCCAUCUAAAUGGGGAAACGCGAGAGUCGCUCGCUUCAUCCCACGGGAAACAGCGCAAUCCCGAUGGUCCAAGAGGUGAGUCCGAUUCUGAGAUGAUUAGUGAUGGGUGGAGACUCGUGCCCCAAGACGUUGGGUCGGUCGACGGGCCAGAGUCGACAUCGUUGCUCAGAAGUCAGAAAGUCAGAACUGUGAAGCUCCAGUAUCAGGAGCGAGGUUCGGGGCUAGCUCCCGCAUGCAGAUGGUGCGGUCGAUCCCGACGGCAGCUGUCGCCUUUGUCUGGCGUGCUCAAUUCUCAAGAUCCGUAGGGAUCAGAGUUACAGGAAGAAAAUAGUAUUCGUUAUGCAGCGGCGUGCAUCGGGCCUUCUGACGAUAGCGGGAAGUUGGGAAGGCAUUCCAUCAAUGACUGGCACACAGUUGAUAGUAGCGGAGCCAAAAUGAUAACCGCAGAGUGGGGUUCAAGGGCUCCGCAAUAGACGCAGACGAAAGCAAAAUCCUGGAGGCUGGGUAAAAAAAAAAAAAAGAAAAAAACAAUGGAUCCCGUUAGUUCCGAAGGUAAUGGAAAGAACAGACAGCAAGGAUUUAAUUCUGGCCAAUACAAUUGACCAUGAAACGGGACUUCUCAAUCACGCUAGUAACUUCGGAUUGAGGCUAAGGAGGAAGACACAAGGGAAAGAAAGAGAGACAGAACGAAGUAUGCAUGAGAUGAGGGGGUGGCUCAGGGAUGGAGGAACAAAAAGAGAAUUAAUUUUUCAAUCAAUUUUUUUUUCCUUCGGGGGAGACAAAAGAAGGAAGAGAGGUGUGAAGGGGGGGAAAAAUAGAAUAAAAAUCAAUAGGAACACAGAAAACCAAAUGCACAGAUAAAUAUAAAUUCAUCAAAACUUGGAUGGAAACGCCAGCAAAAGCGACCAAAAUCAUGGUGGGAAAGGAUACACAGCCCUUGUUUUUUUGGCCCUCUUUUUCGUCGACCGGAGGGGAGGGGCCGACAAGUCGACAGGGAGUCAGGGACCAACUCCGAUCAAGCAGAAUGGACGAGACAUGAGGUUUCUUCAUCCACAAGGCAGGCGGACUAAUGCCACCACCGCGCUUGUGAACCUGCUAGUGCUACAUCGUCGCGGUGGUAGUGCUGAGCUAGGCAGCGUUGCCGCUGGAUUUCAUUUGACGGGUCGACUGUCGGGUGGUGGAAAGGUAUUCUUAGCAGUGGGAAUUGCCAGUCAGAGGAGCCGUCGCAUUUGAUCGAUACUAACAAUGGCCCAUGCACGAGAACCAUCGGCAUGCAGGAGAAGCAGCGCCCCGCCGAUUUGAAUCAACCGUCAGUCCGUAGUCCGAGAUAGUCCUGCAUGGACAACUUGUCAAGGAAGCCAUUGGUUGUUUAAAGUUUGACCCAUUUUAUCCCGAGAGAUCGAGGAAGGGGGAAGGGAAAGGUGACAUGUAGGAUGUAAAUGGGGAGGGGGAUGGGAGAUGGAAAACUGAAGAUGAGUAACGAGGAUGGGGGAUGUACGGAGUAGUCAGGAGAGAGAGAGAGAGGAAGGGAGAGAAGGGGCGGACUCGAGAGUUCCAGCAUAACGGAGUAGAGA